AGCACUGAAGCGACCGCGACCUUAACUUUAAAUCCCAAUUAGAAAUGUUUGUGUGUUUUGGACUAUUUCGACAGCUAUGUGAGCUUUCAAGGAUCGAGUGAUGGAAAAUGUGGGUUUAUUGUUUGGUCUUGCUUGGAGUCCUCGUCGAAAGCAGCAGCUCUUGCCCCGUGUCUUGUUCCUGCAAGUGGAAGAAUGGCAAGCAAACAGUGAUUUGUUCCGGUAAAAGUCUCCCCGACAUCCCCGACGGUUUGGAUCCGGGUACUCAAGUCCUGGAUUUCUCCGGCAACUUCCUCAGCAAUCUCCGUCGCGAGCUAUUCAGUAACAAACAACUGAUUAACUUGCAGCGCAUUUACUUGUCCAAUUGUCAAAUAAAAAUAAUAAACGAGAAAACUUUCAAGGGUUUGUCAAACUUGGUCGAGCUUGAUCUCUCUCGGAAUUUGCUCGAGACGGUGCCUACGAGUUCGUUUGUGGACUGUCCUUCUUUAAUGCGUCUAACUUUAAGUUCGAACCCUUUAACGGUUUUAAACCGACUGGCUUUCAAUCAUUUAUCGUAUCUCAGCACACUCGAGCUUGAUAAAUGCAAAAUUGCGGAGAUUGAAGAUGGGGCUUUUGAAGGUUUGCACAGCUUGGAGUGGCUACUUCUGGAAGAUAAUAGUUUGAGGACGCUUCGGGGGGAAUUACCGCGGAAUUUGAAGGGUGUGGAGUUGCGGGGGAACCCCUGGGAGUGCGAUUGCCACAUUAAGGAGUUGCACACGUGGUUGGGGAGGUCCAAUGUGCCCAUCUCCGAGGAGCCGACUUGUGUUGGCCCUCCGCGACUCUCGUCCCGGGUUAUUAAAUCGAUACCGGUCUCGGAACUCGCUUGUCUCCCUGACGUAUCCCCCACGACGUUUUAUCUCGAAUUGGCCGAAGGCAAGAACGUAUCUCUGCAAUGCCACGUGCAUUCCAUCCCGGAAGCUUCCGUUUCGUGGUGGUUCCGCGGACAGAUCCUCCAGAACAAUACCAUCGUGUCCCCGGGAAUCCACUUGAUUUACUUCGUCGAGGAGGGCGCGGAGAACAAGCGCAGUGAACUGUUCAUCUAUAACGCCAACUCGGAAGACAAUGGUACAUUUAUCUGUAACGCUGAAAACGCCGCUGGAACAUCGCAAUCGAAUUUUACAAUCAAGAUAAUUAUUAAAGAAGAUCCGAUUGUAAUUAUCGUUGAGUUUCCUUUCGAAUGUCUCCUAGCGGCGGCGAUCGGAGCUGUCGUUUUAGCCCUCCUAAUAAUCUCCGGUAUUAUCAUAUCGAUCCUGAGAUGCAAACGCCGGAAAGAACCCUUGGAUGAGAAAGCCCCCGAUGAGGACACUCACCCCAAACCCAAUCCCGAAGAGGAGACGUUUUACGUCUGCGAGGAUCACCCGGUGGCUAAUCAGAGUCCAACUCUCUUCCAGGACCAAAACCCCGACCUUAUCAACCAUCGAUGGCUCGACUCCGAAGGCUACCCCCUCGACUAUGGCCUUCCCAAACUCCCCACGAAUUAUUACCGAACUUUGCCAAAUCGGCCCAAACGACAAUCAAGACCGAUGAGAUACUCGCAAGAAGCCGAAUUUUUAGCCUAUGAUCAUUACCAUUCCGAUGUCCGAUACACGGCUGAUGGGUAUCCAGUCCCGCCAAAUGAUGUCGCUCCGUGUUGUUCGAUCCAAUGGCCGGUUUGUGUCCCCGCUAAUCUACAUAUGGUUAAUAAUAAUCCCAAUGAGGCGGUUUAUGAGCCGUCGAGCGCAGUUAUCAAACGCUGCGUCGGAGCGCAAACCGAAGAUGAGAAGAUUGAUUCCAAUGAAGGUGGGAAUGAAACGAUGACGGAGAGUCCAGAUGAGGGCUAUGAGGGAGAACCGGCGGUUGUAUAGUGGUAAAAAGGCGAUUGCAAUCACAGGGUAAUGUCCUAGUUAGGUUUUGUAUCCAAGUUUUGAAAUAUUGAGUAAUGCUAAAACGGGGAUGUUGUGCGGUUUUUUACUUCUUAGUUAAUUACUCAAUAUUUUGAACCGUUUCCAAAUUCAUGCAAUAAAUUAUGAUAUUACCAUAAUUUGUAGAGUGAAUAUUGGUCCACAAGCUGUAUUAUCAGCGUCGAAUUCAAAUAGUGUUUACCGAAACAUUAACAUAUUAUUUUAGUUUAAAACUAAAUAGAAAUUUUAACACAUAGAAUAUUUUUACUUAAAUAUGUUGAUAAUUAAAAAAGUAAAAGUUUUAUCUCUGCAAUUGAUUAUUUAUGAUUAAUAGUUUUUAUCAUUUCAAAAUAAAAAAAAUUAUUACGAAAUUUUUAAUUAAGCGAUGAAAAAAAAAUUUGAUUGUUAACUUAAUUUUUUCGGACUGAAACAUCAAAAUUAAAUAAAAAAAAACGAAAAUUGUGUGUUUUGCAACAUAAUAGUCCAUUAUGUUGUUAGGAGUAAAAGUGAUGUGAUGAAGCUUAACGUUUAUUUUACCGAACGUAGUGAGGCAAAAAGUUCAUCUGAGCCACGUAAACUUCGAAUAACACGUACUAUUUUAUUCGCAAACGUACUCAAAAUGAGAGUAAAGAGUAACAGUUAAUUAGCAAGUAAAUGAACAAAAUAAUCAGGACGCUUUGCAAUGAAAACAUAACAAACGUCACGCGUCACUAUUGGAAUUUUUAUUGAAAUUUUUGAAAGUAUUUAUUGAUACAGUUAGUAGUGCAAAAUGUCAAAUGCUAUAAUGUACCUCUUCAGAAACUAAUAAAACAGAGAAAGAAACAACAUUGGUAAAUGUCAUGGUAAAAUAAAAAUGAUUUAGCGCAAAAAUAGAAUUUUUACUCCAUGACUGAAAGUAAAACUUUUUUGUAUGAUAUUUGGUCAUAAAAGUGUUCACUUUUGCGACAUUUGCCGAUAAAACAUUAUACAGUUAA